CCGCUGAUCUGCUGCUGUGCAUAAAAUUUUGCGUUGGGUUGCUGUUGCUAGCUGUGGCCAGUGUAGGAAUUAGUUUCUUGUUGUAGCUGGUCGAGGAUUCCUCCUCCAGUUCAAGUAGAACCAUGGUGGCGGAAAACUUUGAGCCUCUGAACAAGUAUUGGGGAAACCCGAAUAAGCCGCGAUGGAUACAUCACCCCAUUGCAAAGCGCUGUCUGUUUAUGUUCGACAUCCGAAGGAAUAAUGUUUCGUUGACGAGGUCACCAAAGACCAUCCGUGACGUUGCGAGAGGUCUUCUCCCUCUUCUCUGGCACUAUAACUUCCCAAUGCGCUACACCGGGGUCGGCAUGGUGGGAAUCACCUACUUUCUGUAUACCUUGAAAGCCAAGAACGACGAGGACUUCGCCAGAUCAUGCAAGGGUGUUGCUCAUCCCAACAAUAGGUUCUUCAUCGAGUCGUACGACAAGGGCCAGAAGGUUAUCCGCAGAGACCGCAAGAUGGAGGAGACCCGCAUCAAGAUGGAGGCCUACAACAAGGCAAAGGCAGAGAAGGCUGCUGCAGCGGCCUCGGCCUAAGCUGGAUUUUGCAGCGGCAGCUUAGUCUUCGUCGUGUGCAUGCGUGUUCGUCCUGUUAGGGUGUGUAGUGUGUCGCGCUUCUUUGCUUCCAUAUUUUUUAUUAUUGCGAUUUGCUGACAUGCUUGUCAAGAUGCCCAAGCUGUCCCUUGCAGCUGUGGUUUAGUGUGUGUGUAUAAUAUUGCUUCUCCCUGUGUAUAUUUAUGCCAAAGCCAAAGGAGCUGUCUUGUGAGAUGGGUCAUUUAAUUGCAUACUUCCUUCUUCGAAUUCCUUGUGUACAUUUAGUGUGCACACACGCUA